AUGUCAGUGAAAGCAAUCCAGACCCAGAAUAAUUGUCUUCCUAUAGAAGAAGCUGCUACGGCAGAUGGCGGUCGCGGGGUUUCUAGGUCGCGCUCCGGCUACAGCGUGGAGAAAGGAUCCCCCCUUCUGUGUCAUUCUUUGAGGAAUAGAAGUUCUUCUCAAGGAGAAAAGUCUGAGCCUAUCAAACAACCCCUUAAGAAGUCAAAGUUACCACAAGGUCGUUUUGAUGCACCAGAAGAUGAUAACCAUUUAGAGAAAGAACCACUGACCAAAUUUCCAGAUGAUGUUAAUCCUGUUACCAAAGAAAGAGGUGGACCCAGGGGCCCGGAACCUACCCGAUAUGGAGAUUGGGAACGAAAAGGACGCUGUAUUGAUUUUUAAGCCACAUAUUCUUUAAUCUCAUUAUCUUUUUCUGAAUACAUACAUCUGAAUUAACUUAUUUCUGAUUAUUUUCUUUGUGCAUAUCCUUUAAUCUUCUAAUUUCUAUAAUGUAUUUGAAAGUAUAUAUGAUGGCUUUGGAAGAAAAUAUGCUGCUAUAAGUGAGGAUGGGGAAAUAUUUCUGCAUUAACACAUUAAUUUUAACUUAAAUGUAUUGGGGUAUAUAAGUGAUGAUUAGAAUUGUACACUUCUUUCAUCAUGUCUUAGUUUAAUCAGCUGCUUAUCAAAUGAAAAUGUAAAUAAAGCAACUUUUAAAAAAUGA